AUGUUAGCAAAUGGGGGGACGAUGGCCGCAACAGCAUCUGGAGCUGGUGUUUCAAGCGUUCUGAAUCUGCGUAACGGAACAGCUGAUCUGGCUGCACUCCUGGCAGCAAGUAGUAGUGGUACCGCAAGUGCAGACGGCAAUUUGCCGGCGGCUAGCGGUUCACUUAAUCCACUGGCUAACAUGAAUGAUGCAGCGGCUUUGAUUGGUUUAUCACAGUUGUUUGCUGCACAGCACCACCAGUCAUUGGUCCAACAGUUUCAUGCAGCUGCCCAACAACAACAACAGAAUGCCCAACAACAGCUGAUACACGAUAAAAAACGGAGUUAUCCGUGUACAUUCCAGUUUUGUGUGUUAUGCCAGAAGAAUGUCCAUAGUUCAAAACUACCUUGUCACAUACGCCAGUGCCAUGUUGCCAAACCAAUGUUUCAAUGUCCGGCCUGUGAUUUUACAUCCACAUAUUCUAAAAAUAAUGUUAAAAGUCAUAUGGUCUCGCUUCACGGUCUAGCGGGUGACCCGAUCAGCUAUAUGGAACAGUACGCAGGACAAGUUGAAGAGUACAUGAAAAAGUGUUUCCCACAUGUGCGCGGUAGAGGGAGACCAAUCCAUGGCGGUGGUCGCGUAUCUCCAUCGUCACCGUCAUCUCCGCAGAGUGUCGAAUCGAACGGGUCUAGACGCGGAAGUUUUGGGUCUAACAAUUCUUCGAACACAACUAGUCAGCGGCAAUACACUCAUAGCCAGCGUCGUAUGAGUGCAAAGCAAGCAGCGCAACAGAUUUCACUGCAUGAACAGCUUAUGGCGUUCGCAAAAGCAUCUCAAGCGCAAAAUCUGGGUUCUGAAAAUAGUGCAACGGCUGCAGCUCGUGCCUUCCAAGGUUUUGAUCCGGCAACACUUCUCAGCGUUUCAAGGCCAUCAGCAACAGCUGAUAUUAAAACGGGUGUCGCUCUUAAAUUUGAGCCGUCUGAUACUUCUUUAAACAAUGAUAUGGAUACGUCAGUUUCAUCGUCCGCUAAUGUUGUUGAUGAACCAGUACCAAGUAUUUCAACAGCCAGUUCAAAUAACGGUUCAAAUGGUACAUUUGAUGUAACAAGCCCGGUCAAUGAAUGUAAAUCAAGUCCAGAGAUUGAAAAUAUUCAUCGGUUUCGCCCUGGAGAAACUUUGCAACCAAGGUGGGAACUUGACUGGGAAGUUUUGACAGACGAGCAGACCGCUCAGACUGUCUUUGACACUUUCAACACUCAGUCUAUUCUUGAGAAGCUGGAUCUAACGCUGUUUGAACCUCUUUUGGAAGAUUCAACUUUUCUGUCGGAGGAAAAGCUGCAAAAAAUCGCUGAUGUCCGACAGCGUAUCCAUCUGCAGACUUUUGAAAUAAUGUUUGCGGUGCAUCGGUUGGAUUUGGCAGUAUUGUCCGCCGAAAACGUUGACUUGGUAGCAAGCAUUGCACCGAGUGCAGUUGAUAUAUUGCGAUUCAAAAAUUACGAGAUGUCAAAUUCUACUAGCACACUGGGAGAAGACGAACAAUUUAUUUUACAGUUAUCAAAGAUUGAAAGGAUGGAAGAGAAGCUGCGUGCAAUGUCACAUAUGAGUCAUUUUUCUAGCCGAAUCAACAAAUUGAAUGAGCAAAUUAAUGACCUCAUGGCUGCUGCAAAAUUGCUACAGAAUUCUUCCGAAUUUCACAAUAUUGUUCAACUACUGUUGACCUACGGAAACUUUGUCAGUGGAGACUUUAAUGCUCAGUUAGUCAAGGGAUUUCGCACUUCAUGUUUGUUGGAGCUGAGCAUGUUUAAAUUCCCUACGAUGCCCGAAACGACUUUGUUAAAUGUUGUGGCAGAAACUAUUUCUAAGCAUUUUCCUGAAUUGGCUAAAUUCGGAGAACAAAUUCCAAUCAUUGAAAAGGCCGCUAAAGCAAAUUUCAUGUCUAUUGCUUCAACAAUUCGUGAGCUUGAAACUGGACAUAGUCGAGUCCUGACUGAGAUGCAGCAUGGUGGUACUAUCCAACUGGUCGCUGAUUUUAUUGAAACUGCUGAGCCGCUUUUAUGUGACAUUAAAGAUGCAUAUAACACUGUAAAGAAUAAGCUGACAAGUACACUACAUUAUUUUGGUGAGCCAAUACCUUACGAAGAAAUUGAACUGUUUCAACCAGAAGAGUUCUUCUCAAAAAUCGCAGGAUUCUGCCGAAGUCUUCAGAAAGCUCUAGUCGACCUGCACUUGUAA